UCCUGCCCGCCCUCCCCCACAGCAGCCCCGCCCGGUCCCAUCCCGGACCGUCUCAGCCCCGAGGCCCGCGGGGACCAGGUGUCCUUCCAAGAUGCAGCGGAGUCUCUGGCUCCUCCUCGCCGUGCAGCUGGCAGCUCUCGGCGGCAGCUCCGCGCUCCUGCAGAACCCUGAGGUCGUGAUGGUUCAGACCAACCAAAGGGUGAUGCUGACCUGCGAGGCCAAAACUUUCCCCACUAACCUGCGCAUCUACUGGCUGAGACGGCACCAGGCCCUGAGCGCUGGCAGUCACUAUGAGUUCCUGGCCUUCUGGGACACAACCGGAAAGACUAUGUACGGCAAGGAGGUGACGCCGGAGAAGCUAACUGUGUUUCGAAAUUCAUCCCGGUACACUCUCAGCCUCCUAAAUGUGAAGCCUGCCGACAGUGGCGUCUACUUCUGCAUGACCGUCGGGAACCCUGACUUGACCUUUGGGAAGGGAACUCAGCUGAGUGUGGUUGAUGUCCUUCCCACCACUGCCAAGCCCACCAAGAAGACCACCCCCAAGAAGAAAGUGUGCCGGAUGCCAAGCCCGGUGACCCGGAAAGGCCCAUCCUGCGCCCCACUCAUCAUCGGCCUGCUGGUGGCCGGCAUCCUGGUUCUGCUGGUGUCCUUGGGCGUGGCCAUCCACCUCUACUGCCUGUGGAGGAGAGCCCGGCUGCGCCUCCUGAAACAGUUUUAUAAGUGAGCAGAGAAUGCGCUUUUGGUGUCCUGCUACAAAAACACACCGGUCAGUGAUGAGCGAGAUCUGGAAAAAUGAGACAGAAGGGACACACUCAACCAUGGAAAUUCCCCUGACCUGCCGAAGCUGCCUGCUUUUAACUACUGCAAGUUCUUUCUGUGAGCCUCAUGCAUGGGAGCAACUUGUGAUGGGGUCAUUGGGAAUCUCAGAGAGAAGGCUUCAGAACCCCAGGGCACUUUCUGCGACCCGGAAGGCACACUGGAGGACUGAGUAAGAAAUGCCACCGGUGACACCACUUCCGGCUCCUGUACUCACCCUGGGUUGGGCUGGGAACUUCACUGUUGGCCGUCCAGCCACCAGCUUGCUGUGCCCUGGUAGGGCAGUGACACUGAGGCCUGAGGCUCUCGAGGGGAUGGCGCUGGGAUGGGUCCCCUUGGUCUUCCCAGGCUGGAGCUGACCCUCCUCACAGAAGGCCCCAGAGAGCAGAUCCAGAUUGGAAGUGGCACUUCUGAGAGGGGCUGACCUGACCCCCCUGGUCACUUCGGUUUCUGAGCACCUCCUCUGGGGCUGGGGACUUGUGGUUCGGGGGGCAGGAGGCCACUUGAUCUCCCACUAGGAAGUGCCUCAGCUUUCACUUCUGCCCUCCCAUGGCUUGUAUAUUUUGACUCUUACUCUCUGUUCCUUUCAUGAAAAUACCUUGGUUGUAAAAAUAAAGUCUUGAGUCAAAGAUG